AUGGCCACCCCACACCGCGAGAAGUGGCUUCGAGACCGGACCUGGAAGAUGCAAAAGUGGCUGGGCUGGCAACACCCUUCCGUGUCGCUCUCGAUUAUCUACGGAAUCAUACAGCCAUAUAUUUCUUUCACGCCUUCGACCCCUGUCCCUGGUUCAGCAGAGCCACCCAAUCUGGAAGUCUACGAGUUGCUCGAAGAGGCGGUGCCGGACAUAUCGAAACUCCCCGUGGAGAAGGCCGUUCUUACCACUGCGCCAUACGUGCCCCCGACUAUCACCCGCGACUACCCUGUGCUCCUCAAGGUCGGCCUGACCACCGGACCCAAGCUCGCGCAGCUGACAAGCCAGUACAAGUACGAGCAGUGGACUUUCAACAACACGGUGCCCGGCCCCUUCAUCCGCGCCCGCGUCGGCGACGUGGUCGAAGUGACUCUGACGAACCGCGACGCCGCAGGCAACCCGCACAACGUCGACUGCCACGCCUUCACCGGCCCGGGUGGCGGUGCCGCCGUAACCACGGCCGAGGAGGGCGAAGCCAAGACGGCCAAGUUCCGGCUGCUGUAUCCGGGUCUGUAUGUCUACCACUGCGCCGCGGCCCCGGUGCCGGUCCACAUCUCGAACGGUAUGUACGGCCUCAUGUAUGUGCAGCCCGCCGAGGGAGACCUGCCGCCGGUCGACCGCGAGUACUACGUCAUGCAGAGCGAGUUCUACCACGAGCCUCCCGAGACGCUUGAAGAUGGUCGUCGGUCCGACAUCGUCGAGUUUUCCUAUCCGAAUGGCCUGCGAGAGGAGCCCAAUGUGGUGGUGUUCAACGGCAGCGAGUCUGCGCUGACAAGAGACCACCCACUCAAAGCGACUGUUGGGGAGAGCGUACGCAUCUUCUUUGGUAACGCCGGACCCAACUUGCGGAGCUCGUUCCAUAUGAUCGGUACCGUCUUCAAGAAUGUCUACCGCGAUGGCGAUGUCGUCAGCCCGCCUGGUCACUUCAUUCAGACCGUCAGCGUACCUCCAGCCGGAUCUACUAUUGUGGACAUGAAGAUGAGCGUCCCUGGAACCUACACCAUGGUGGAUCAUGCAAUGUUCCGACUCGACAAGGGCGCUGUGGGGUUCUUGAAUGUGUCGGGAGACCCGAGGCCAGAUGUGUACCAAAGCUCACAGCCACCAGCUCCUUGUACCGGGUGCAAGCUGCAUUCUUGA